AUGGAGGUUUUCGCAGGUGAGAGAGUGGUAUUGUCCAGCUUUGGUAAUCCGUUUCUAGGCCGCUUCCUACGACCUGCAGUGCCCUCAUCUGGCUGGCUUGCUUCUUCCAAGGAUUCAUCUACUCACUAUACUCCUCUUCAUUACGCAGCACUUCAUGGACAUCAUGAUGUCUGCAAGUUCUUAAUAGAAUCUGACAAACUUCUGUCCUCAGCAAAGGACAAAAGAGGGUGUCUCCCUCUACAUCUUGCUUCUUGGAAUGGGCACCAAGAAGUUGUUAAGCUGCUUUCUGAAUCACAUCCACCUAGUGUUGACGCAGUGAACAAUGCUCAGGAGUCACCGCUGCAUCUUGCUGCUCAACACGGCCACGAUAAGCUCGUUCGCAUUCUUCUUGAGCAUCACGCCGAUCCACGACUACGUAAUGCUCGCUUUGAGACACCUUUGGACGUGGCAGCUCGCACUGGUCAUUCUUCGGUGUGCAAAAUCCUUGUUGGCUUUUGUCCAGAGCUUACUCUACAAUCCGCCAUGGAAUGUUCCUCUACCGGAGAAAAUGAACAAAUUCGAGCCCAAGUAGUGUAUCCUUUACAUGUUGCGGCUAGACAUUCGCAUAUACAAUGCCUUCAGAUCCUCCGAUUGGGUGGCUUCGACAUCGAUUUCGUCACUGACGAAGGUUCCGCUUUGCAUGUUGCUGCUAUGUUCGGCCAAGUAGAUGCCGUGAAGUACCUGAUUGGAGAGGGGAUCAACCCUCAUGUGCGAGACAGCAAGGGUCGGACUGCGUUGGAACUGUUACGGGAGCAGGAACAACAUCGCGUCUCAGAUUUAACACAUAUUAUUCAAAGCCGAGAGGGUUGGAAGGAAUGCCGCCAACUAAUUGAAGGAUAUAUACAACGGCUUGAGUACGAUCACGUCAAUUCAUCCAGCGAUUCGGGUAUAGAUCGAAGGGAUUCCGAGCGGAGUGUUCUCGAGGAUGACAGUAGCUGUGAAGUUUGGCGUUCGUUACUAUAUACUACAAAUGAAGAUUUACUUCUGAUGUCGCCAAGAAAUCCUUCAAAAGUGAUCAACAUCCGCCAACAACCUGACAGUACGAAAGUAAUGGUAGCAGUCGAAUCCCUUCGCGCCACACCAACUAAAGGCAGAGAUGCUGAGAACGUAGGACCAUUAAAAGACUUGUUACACGUUGAUUGGCCUCACUUGCAUCCAGCACCUAUUCAUCGAACAUGGAAUAGCAGCAUGUUCAAUGCUGAGAGUGGAAUAGCUCGUUUUCCCAUCACAUCGCCAAUGAAUAAGGCACGACAUCAAAAAUCGAAAAGGACAAAUGGUGUUAUGCCGUUUAGUUUCUCUUGCUCUGGAACUGGAGGAGUUUGUCAACGAGCAGCAAAUCUGCCUUCUGAUCCACAGCGUUCCACUCGACCUACAAUUUUUGAUGUAUGGCAUCAAAAAUGGGUGCAAAGUGAUGGUAUCACUCAUACCUAUAAUCCUGCUUUUCCCUACGAUAACUAUCCAUGUAAGGAGAUUCUGGAUAAUAACGCAUCACCUCCUGGUCAUAGUCGAUGGAGCAACGAGUGCUCUCUUUCUGUUGGUAGGAAAAGGAGUACAAUUAUACCUACAGCGAUUCAUGCACAGGAAACAAUCCAAACUCUCCCUCAUUUUGGUACAAAGCUACGACCAUCUCUAGAUGAUGCAUUUGCUGUCACACUUGGAACUGCUUUGGAAGAAUGUACGUCCAUGAAGCUAAAUGACAGUUCAUCAACAAUUCGAGAACGAGAGGAUUCUCUUGGCCUUAGCCAUAGUCCACAUCUCAAUUCCAGCGAUCCUUCAAUGAUCUUCGCUAGUUCUACAUUGGGACGCCCCUCACCGGAUACGCUUUCGCGUUCUACACUUACGGGACGUGCACCUCUUGCCAUACCCGAAGAACUGACUGGAAGUACGUCAACAAGUAUACUUAGUUCCAGUGUUUCUCCUGAAAGAGAAGCUGCCGAGCUACAAACAUCAUCGGAUUUCUGCAUCACUGCAUACGCUCCAGCACUUCUGAACAGAGGUUCAUUUGGGCGUAAUGGUCGUUCGGACACAGAUUUUUCAUUGUCAACCUUAACAGUUAGUUACUCUGAUGGACGGCUUUCCCCGGAAUUUGCUCAUGACAAGAAUGGAUCAGGUGAGGAACUGAUUUCGCGUUCCUCUAAACAAUUUCCAGUUUCUAACACUGCGACAGAAAACAACAGUGGCGCCAUGGUAUCGUCCUGCUCACUACCCAUAGUCUCACAGUUGUCCGCAACCUCGGCUUCGGAUUCAACAUUCUUCAGACUCUACCAUGGAAAUAGUGAAGAUACAAACGCGCCCGCUGGUGUAAAGAUGCGUGCUGCAUGGAAUAGUUCCGACUGUCGAAACUUAGAAAGCAGUUCCAGCAAGGAAAGCGAAAAUCAAUCUAUCAACGAGCUCGAUGAAUGGAAUAAGAUCGAUGACAUCCUUUCAUCAUUCGGCGGUGCCGUUUGUCGAGAAUCAAUAUUUGUUGCCAACUAUGAACCUCAACUCGCUGUGUUCUUGCGGGAUCAUCGCUCUCAGGCGCUCACCUUACAGCUUGCUUCUCCCGCUGCUGUCAAACCUGUUACUGUAAGAGGAGAAGUACCACCUCCAUCUUCCUAUCACACGGAAUGGGAUUCUGCAAAUAUGAGUAACUGGUUGCGUACAGCCGUUGGAAUUACUGCAACAAAUGCAGUUAGAGUUGGACAAAUUCUAACUACGAACGGCUUCGAUAAAUGUACACAACUCUAUGGUUCUCUUACGACUCGUGAGCUCUCAUAUCUAGGAAUUGAAAAGUCUAUACAGGACCAAAUAUUGUCCUAUCUAUCAACAGUCGAUGACCCGCGACCAAAUGCAAAUACAUUCAACUAUGUUUCCGAUUGGUUAUGUUCAUUAGAGCUAACUGACUACUUAGGGAACUUUGUCGCGGCAGGAUUAAAGUCAAUGUUAGUAGUAAGAACUGCAGACCUGUCUCGAACGCAUUUAGAGAAAAUGGGGAUCACUUUACAAGGUCACAUCGCUCGUAUUCUUUAUUCACUUGAGAAAGCCAAGGCUGAAGAUGUAUGUAAAAGAAAUGAAAGGUUGAAAGGAAUGCAGAACGCUCUUACUUCAAGCAAUCUCCCGGCCUAUUGCAAUAUUGCACGAAACAGCGAUCCUUUUGCGGAUGUCGUGGAACGUAGAAAUAGUGCUGCUAUAAAACAGGACCUUCUACACGGUCAUGAAUCAUUCUCUGCUCAUUACCUGGGCACUGUGGAAAUUUCCAACAUAGAUGGGACAGAGGAAAGCAGAAGAGCAAUGACUGAAUUGAAGAAAGCAAUUCGAGAGAUUGCUAAAGUUCCGCAAGUCAUUCUCGAAAUAUCUAUUCACGGAGUUCGAAUCCGUGACGGCAAAAAUGGCCGGUUAGCGGCCGAGCACGAUAUAUCACAUAUCCAGAUUGUUUGUCAAGAUGAAAGGGAUUUGAAUUGCUUCACGUACAUAUCUCAGGACAGGGAGAGGAAUUUGUGCCACGUUUUCAGUGUGUUAACUGCAGAUGUAGCUACGGAAAUUAUAGUCACGUUAGGACAAGCUUUUGAACUUUCCUACAAACUUCAGAAUGAGUUAAAUCUAGAAGAGAAUGUCAUUGUUUAA